CGGUGAUCGCGACCCCGCAGGUAUAAUUCCCGCGCUGAAAGAGCCGAUAUAAUUACAAGGGAGAAACGCAAGGCGAGUGCAUGCCGGCCGCGUCAUCGGCUCGACUGCUUUUCCACGCUUUCUCGCUGCUUCCCUCUUCAUCCUCUGGCUGCACCGAAGAUGAACCAAAUAGAGUGCUUCGAUUAAUUUGAAAAAAAUUUGGAGGAAAUCUCGAUUGAGACUGCUAAUUUCUAUUAUUUAUAAAUAAGAAGUGAUUUUAAAUAAUACUGUUUAAUCAAUAAUUCACCUGUAACGAAAGUGAAAUAUGUUUCAAGCGGCCAAUAACAGUAUCAUCUGACUCGCUUUGCUUUUACAGCUCAUUGCCUCGAUCGCAUCGCUUCGCUUUCAUGCCGAUCCCAUUGGCCGACCUUCAGAUCUGUCCGGAGAUGCCUGCCCCGAUCUGUAUCAACAUGAUAUUUCGCAAUCACCCCUCAUCUUAGCUCGACGAGGUUCAUCUCGACAGAAGCCUCCUCUGCCAUUGCCGCCUCCUCCGACGGCCCUCCCCCACUGUGCACUUUUCAUCCGAUAGCUUCGGGAUCUUCUUUUCUCUCUUCCUCUCCUCUCGGCACCUUUCGUCAACGAGGAUUCGCCGGGCGAAUCUUCGAGGAACGCAUCACCGGGUUAUCUCUAGCCGUGGUGCCAUCCGCGACUCCUCAUUGGCGAGUGGGAGGAAGACGAUCCUCGUGCGGGAUCAGUAUAUAAGAAUGCUAGAUCCGACUUGAUCUGUGCAGACCAAUUAUCGUCGUUAGUUUGACGAUACACGAUUUAAAUUCCGUAGUAACGCGACGCAGUAAACAUCACUGGGAUUUAUUUGACGAGCAUACGCACAACCAGCGAAAUGAAACCGCAGGUCGUCAUUGCGGUAUUGGCCAUCAUUGGUACAUGUUAUGCUGCGAGAUUGGACAGCACUUACCUCCCUCCUGGUAGUGCCGGAAGUGCGGGUGGAGCGGGAUUGAUUCAUCCUCCAUCCCCAGAACAAGGUGGAGGUGGACCCAUUAAACACAGUGGUCCAAUUGGUUUUGGUGGUCCAAGUGGUUCAGGUGGUCUUAGUGGUCCAAGUGCUUCUAGUGGUUUUGGUGGUCCUAGUAGUUCUGGUGGCUAUGGUGCUCCAAGUGGAUUUGGUUCCGGGAGUAUUGGUAACGCUUUUACAGGUGGUAGUAGACCGAGUGGCGGUCAAGAAAUACCUAUCAUUUCUUACAGCAAUGAGAAUGUUGGUGACGGAAACUAUCAAUACAGCUAUGAGAGCGGAAAUGGUAUUAGCGUACAAGAAACGGGUCAUCGACAAGGAGAAUCCGAGGUAGUAAGCGGAUCCUUUUCUUAUACCGGAGCCGAUGGUAUGCAAUAUUCGGUCACAUAUACGGCGGACGAAUACGGUUUCCAUCCCCAAGGUGCCCACUUGCCAACGCCGCCUCCGAUUCCGCCGGAAAUUCAACGAGGUGUUGAACUAGCGCUUGCCGCCGAAGCCAGAGGAGAGAAUCAGGACGGUGGUGCUGGAGGGUAUUCACAUGGAGGAGGUAGUGGGUAUCCUAGUGGAGUGGGUGGUCAUGGUAGUCAUGAAGGCAGUGUGUAUCAGGGACCGAGCUCAUAUCAGACAAGUUCAGAUGGUGGCUAUCGAUACUGAGCAGCGAUUUGGCGAGAAUCAUCUAUCAUGUGCAUUCCGUACACGCAUAUCAUUUUCUGUUUAUUCGGCUUAUGUACAUAACAAUAUCAUUUACGCAAUUUUUUCAUUUAUAUGAAGUAUGAUUUUUAUUUAUGAAACGCCUGCUCUAACUUUUUCUUCUUGAAAUUGCUUUUGUGCAAUGAAAUUUAAGCAUCUCUUUCAGGUACUACAGUGAUUUCGAAAAAUGUGUAUUUGUAAUAUACAUAUGAUAUGAUUAUGUAAGAAUUUAACAACUGCAAUACGCAAUUAUUUU